AGAGCGGGGCUUCGAACCGCCGAGUAUUUAGAGUCCGAUCCGUUGACUACAACCCGGAAUCGAUUUGUAUCUUCUCGUAUUCACUGUUCGCGACUUCAGCGGUGCUGCGAUGGCGAUCGCUGGAGGUGUUCGUGAUGUAAAUCUCAACAAGAACAGCGCCGAGAUCGAGAAGUACGCUCGCUUCGCCGUCGACGAGCACAACAAGAAGGAGAAUGCGCUGCUUGAGUUCGUUCGUCUGGUGAAGGCUAAAGAACAGGUGGUGGCGGGAACGCUUCACCAUCUGACGCUGGAAGCGAUCGACGCCGGGGAGAAGAAGCUGUACGAGGCGAAGGUGUGGGUGAAGGAGUGGCUCAGUUACAAGGAGCUGCAGGAGUUCAAGCAUGUUGGAGAUGGAGGAUCUGCAAGUUUUACAACUGCUGAUCUUGGUGCAAGAAGAGGUGGGCACGAACCUGGAUGGAGGCCAAUCCCAACCCACGAUCCUGUCGUUCAGGACGCUGCUAAUCAUGCUCUGAAGAACAUUCAAGCGAAGUCCAACUCUCUCGCCGCAUAUGAACUCCUCGAGAUUCAACAUGCCAAGGCAGAGGUGAUUGACGAUCAUGCGAAGUUGGAGUUGUUGCUCAAACUAAAGAGAGGUGAAAAUGAGGAGAAAUACAAGGUGGAAGUGCAUAAGAAUUCGGAGGGAGCUUUCAUACUGAAUCAGAUGCAGCAGGAGCAGUAGAUUCGCACCCACUAAAUAAAUAUUCAUAGACUUGUGUAUGUUACUCCGCUUGAAAGAUGGUUGCUCUCGUGCAUUUGUGAUGAAAUCAUGAAAUGAAACUGUAAUAGCUAUGCUAUGACUAAUAAUGUUGGAGGUUAUUUGCUGAAUUUCUCAUA